CGCAGGGGAUCUUCCAGUUCCUCCCCCUGCUCUUGCCUGAGCUGCUGCUGACUUUCCAUUCGCUGAGACGAGACCAUAAAAAGUGGCUCUGGCAGGCUGAGCUCGGCCAGGGCCUCUACCAUUCUCAGCUGGGAGACCCAGACUGCACUGUGUCUGUAGCACCUCCUGCAUGUCCAGCUGCCCUGAGCUGUCCCGAGAUAGGUGACAGUGUCACGCUGCCACCAUGAAUGAGGUGUCUGUCAUCAAGGAAGGCUGGCUGCACAAGCGCGGGGAAUACAUCAAGACCUGGAGGCCCCGCUACUUCCUGCUGAAGAGUGACGGCUCCUUCAUUGGGUAUAAGGAGAGGCCCGAGGCUCCCGACCAGACUUUACCCCCCUUAAACAACUUCUCUGUAGCAGAAUGCCAGCUGAUGAAGACAGAGCGACCUCGGCCUAACACCUUUGUCAUACGCUGCCUGCAGUGGACCACAGUCAUCGAGCGGACCUUCCAUGUAGACUCUCCAGAUGAGAGGGAGGAGUGGAUGCGGGCCAUCCAGAUGGUCGCCAACAGCCUCAAGCAGCGCGUCCCUGGUGAGGAUCCCAUGGAGUACAAGUGUGGCUCCCCUAGUGACUCUUCCACGGCCGAGGAGAUGGAAGUGGCAGUCAGCAAGGCACGGGCCAAAGUGACCAUGAAUGACUUUGAUUAUCUCAAACUGCUCGGCAAGGGCACCUUUGGCAAAGUCAUCCUAGUGCGGGAAAAGGCCACUGGGCGCUACUACGCCAUGAAGAUCCUGCGGAAGGAAGUCAUCAUUGCCAAGGAUGAAGUUGCUCAUACGGUCACGGAGAGUCGGGUCCUCCAGAACACCAGGCACCCUUUCCUCACUGCACUGAAGUACGCCUUCCAGACCCACGACCGCCUGUGCUUCGUGAUGGAGUACGCCAACGGUGGGGAGCUCUUCUUCCACCUGUCCCGGGAGCGGGUCUUCACGGAGGACCGGGCGCGGUUUUACGGUGCGGAGAUUGUCUCGGCUCUGGAGUACUUGCACUCACGGGACGUGGUAUACCGGGACAUCAAGCUGGAAAACCUCAUGCUGGACAAAGAUGGCCACAUCAAGAUUACUGACUUCGGCCUGUGCAAAGAGGGCAUCAGUGAUGGAGCCACCAUGAAAACCUUCUGUGGGACCCCGGAGUACCUGGCACCAGAGGUGUUGGAGGACAACGACUACGGCCGCGCCGUGGACUGGUGGGGGCUGGGCGUGGUCAUGUAUGAGAUGAUGUGUGGUCGCCUGCCCUUCUACAACCAGGACCACGAGCGCCUCUUCGAGCUCAUCCUCAUGGAGGAGAUCCGCUUCCCGCGCACGCUCGGCCCUGAGGCCAAGUCCCUUCUGGCUGGGCUGCUGAAGAAGGACCCCAAGCAGAGGCUUGGCGGGGGGCCCAGCGAUGCCAAGGAGGUCAUGGAGCACAGGUUCUUCCUGAGCAUCAACUGGCAGGAUGUGGUACAGAAGAAGCUGCUGCCACCCUUCAAGCCUCAGGUCACUUCUGAGGUGGACACGAGGUACUUCGAUGACGAGUUCACCGCCCAGUCGAUCACAAUCACGCCCCCGGACCGCUAUGACAGCCUGGGCUCACUGGAGCUGGACCAGCGGACGCACUUCCCCCAGUUCUCCUAUUCGGCCAGCAUCCGCGAGUGAGCAGCCUCCGCCUGCAGAGGACCCAUGGUCGCUGUCCUCCGCCUGGGUGGCUUUUUUAAGAAAAACUUUCUAUUUUGCCUUUUUGGUUUGUGUCCCCGUCCCUCACGCCCUCCCGGUUCCCAGUCUCCUUCAGCCCUUGCCUGCCCCCAGCGCCCCGCAGCCUUCAGCACCAGCCUCGCCUUUGUGCCCAGCGCAGUGUUGGAGGACGGUCCCUCCUGCCUGGUCCGCCUCCUGCCCGGGAUGGGCUGGGGGGAGGGUGGGGAGCUUCAGGCUUUUAAUCAGCACCAGCCCCAGCGAAGGCAAAGUGUGGCGCUGCGGGGUGGGCGUGGAUUUCAGGCCGAGCACUCACGGGCGGCUGCCUGCACUGCUGCUUCUGGAUGGAGGUUGCGUCCGGAUGGCCCCAGGAGACAGUGUCCACGGCCCUCUGUAUCCUGUGGCCUGGCUCGAGGGCUUCAGUCCACCCAGUGCCACCCCACUGGGGGCAAAAAAAGCAAUAAUGUCCAGGGACAGGCAGGGGGUCUUUGGGAGCUGUGGGACCAGGGAUUUGGGAUUCCUUGGACCUAUGUUGUAGGGAACCAGGAAGGGGGCAUGCCCACCCCCCUCCCCCCAGCUGCUCUCCUGACCUGUGGGUAAAGCAGAAGCAACUUUUGGGGGCAGCUUGCCCGCCCUGCCCCCAGCCCCGUGCCUUACCAGGGCUUCCGUCCAGCAGGCCUUACCUCCCGCUGGACCCCAAACCUGGCCCAGCCCCUUGGAGGGUAGGAUCUAGGGUUGCCCCUUCUUGCUGCCUGGGGCAGAGGGGCACCAGCCUCAGCUGUUACACAUCUCUCACAGAGACAGUAUUGGGCCCUGUGGACUCGGGUCAAGCAGGGAGCAGGGCAGGCGUCUCUGGUACACACUGCGGUGCGGGAGCCUCUGCAAACAGGGUUUCAGGCCCCUCCCCCUCCCCCAAUCCAGGGCCGCGUUCUGAAGCCUUAAGGUGCAUGCUGCCGACGGAGCCGCGGGUGUCCCCGCCUCUGGGAUGCAGACGCACGUGGCUGCGUGUGCACGUGUGUGAGGGCAGCGUGUCCAAGCCCUCAAGUGUGCGUGGUGUGUGUGGGCUCGGGCCCCGCCCCGGCCUGAGCGCUUCAUUCCCCUGGGGGUGUGGGCGCCUUGCUGCCCUGCCCCCUCACCUCCCCCCCUCAAUCUCAAUGUCCUGGGGUGUUUGGAAUUUAGUUUUUGUGAUUUUGAUCUCCCUGUCCCAGCUCCUGUACUAGGCAGUUCUCAGAAAGGCAUGUGGGGGUAGGGUGGCUUGGGUCUGGGGGGUCUUUUUUCCUUUCUGUGUGUGUAUGUGGUUUAUCUGACAAUUCUUCCCACUCCCCACCGGCCUUAUUCCCUAUAUUUGUACGGUACAAGCAAUAAAGACACUCAUUUCAGAACGGGGCCAGCCUGCACUUUUGCCGGCCACCGCCUGCCCGGCCUUGCCACGGUUCUGGAGUCCGCUCUGGGCACCAA